GAAAAUUAAAAAGAACAAAACUAUCAUAUCAGGUUAGCUUAGCAAGUGAUGGUGACCGAAAAGAUAAACCCUAUAAAUUGUCUGACCUUUUUAGCACAUUUCAUAGAUAAGUGACGGAGAAAAAACUGAUAAUUGAGUUUUAAUUUACUAUGAAUAUAGUUUACCUAAUUUUAAAAACCAAACCUUUGGCUACCGGGUUUUCCCUCCAAUUCUCUAAAUAUAAAAGUUUUAAUUUUCUUGUCUCGAUCUUCACACUUUCAAAGCGUUAGAAACGAGUAGAUCAGUUCUAGAAUUUGAGUGGGAAAAAAAUGGGUGAGCACGAAGAGAAGCACGAGGGAUCGCUGAUGGAGAAGCUAGCUGAGAAGAUCCACGGCCAUGAUUCUUCCUCUGAUUCCGACAACGAUAAGCCAUCAGAAUCGUCGAUCAAGGCCAAAGUUUUCCGUCUCUUCGGGAGAGAAAGGUCCGUACACCACGUUUUUGGUGGAGGCAAAUCGGCUGAUACAUUCCUUUGGAGGAACAAAAAGAUUUCGGCUGGAGUGCUCGGUGUUGCGACUGUGAUAUGGGUUUUGUUUGAAUUGCUGGAGUACCACCUUCUCACUCUAGUUUGUCAUGUAUUGAUAUUUGCUCUCGUAAUACUCUUCUUGUGGUCAAAUGCCUAUGCUUUCAUCAACAAGUCUCCACUAUGCAUCCCUGAGGUUCAUAUUCCUAAGGAUCCAGUUAUAGAGUUUGCCGAAGCACUUAGGUUUGAGUCUAACCUGGCUUUUACCGUCUUGCGGGAUAUUGCUCCAGGAAGAGAUCUUAAGAAGUUCCUCUAUGUGAUUGCUGGCUUGUGGAUCUUGUCUAUUGUUGGAAGUUGGUGCAACUUCGUGACAUUGUUUUACUUAGUCUUUGUCCUGCUUCACUCGGUACCUGUGCUGUAUGAGAAAUAUGAGGACAAGGUGGAUCCAUUUGCAGAGAAAGCAAUGCAUGAGAUUAAGAAACAGUGUGCGGUGUUCAAUGCAAAAGUUUUAAGUAAGAUUCCAAGGGGACCAUCAAAGGAAAAGAACAAGGACUAGGUUUACUGACCGAGAUGUAGCCAUUUUAAAGGUGGUGUUAAAUUUUAUCCGGUAUUAGCUCGAACCCUUUCAUCCUUUAUCUUCGUAGUUACUGGGUUCACAAUGUUGAUGAAUAUGGUAUCCUUUUUUAAUAUCAUUUUCCCCGAAUCUAUGUGCUCUGUGACAAUAUUGCAAGUUGAUUAGUGCAUUAUAAUUUGGGAGAAA